AUGGAAGUAGAAGAUCAUAAAGAAGAACAUUUUACAGUUGCUGUAAGAGUUAGGCCUUUUAUUACAAGAGAAAUAGAAAGUGCAGCAAAAGUUGGGUGGGAACUCCCAGGUCCAACUUCAAUCAAGGAAACUAAUGGAGAAAGAAUGUUCAUUUAUGAUAACGUCUUCGACCAAAGCACCAGCACUCAAAUCCUUUAUGAAGAAAUUUGUGAAAAACUCGUAUGAAAAUCACUAGAAGGCUACAAUGGUUGCAUAUUUUGCUACGGACAAACAGGCAGUGGAAAAACCUUUACAAUGCAAGGGUCCCGUAAAGACAGUCCAGGGAUCGUCCCUUUAUCGAUUGAUUCAAUUUUUACUUAUAUUCAGCAAACCCCUGACAAGAGCUUUUUGCUCAGAUGUUCAUACUUAGAAGUAUACAAUGAAUGUGUCAAUGAUUUACUAAAUCCUUCUCUCCUUAACCUCCAAAUCCAAGAAGACAAGCAGGUAUCAUUUAACUAGAGCGGUGUUAAAGUAGUAGGAGCCACUGAAACUGUAUGUACAUCAAUCAGCCAAGUGAACUCACUGCUCUACCUUGGGGAGACCCACAAGCAAAUCGCAAGCACAAAUUUUAAUAUGAGAAGUUCAAGGUCUCAUACGAUUUUUAGAAUGAUAAUAGAAUCAAAAAGCAGAAGUGAAGCAGAUAAUUGUUUAAAUGUCGCUACACUGAAUUUGAUUGAUUUAGCUGGAAGUGAAGGGGCCAAUGUCCAUGGCCCUACUGCAUCAGCUCACAGGACAAGAGAGAUGAGCUUUAUUAACAAGGUAAAUUUUAUAUAGAGUCUGCUUACUUUAUCAACAGUAAUCAUGAGGCUGAGCGAUAGAACUAGCAACACGCCUAUCCCAUAUAGAGACAGCAAACUUACUAGACUUUUGCAGCCAUCGUUACAGGGUGAGUCUAAAGUUGUGAUUAUUUGCAAUAUUUCACCAAGCCUUGACUCUUAUGAAGAGUCUUUGUCAACUCUUAAAUUCGCCCAGAGAGCCAAAAAAAUAAAGCAAAUAAUUGUAAAAAAUGAAAUACAUGACAGCAAAGCACUGAUAGUGAAAUAUGAACAUGAAAUAAAAACACUUCAAGAAAAGCUGAGAGAUAUGGAAACCAAGCUGUUUGAAGAAUCAGAGAGUCAAGAUUACAAUGAUACAGUCGUAAAAAUGGAAUUAAAACUCUCCACAAUCCAAGAAGAAAAAGACCAACUUGAUACCAAGAUGGAAAGUCUCAUGCAGGACAAGCUAGAAAUGCAAAGUGAAUUAGAAAGGCUGAGAUCAAUGAUUUUGGUAUCUGAAAAUGUUAAAAUUAACCCAGAAAGUAACGAUGCUGAGCAAUUCACUGAAAAUAAUUCAAAACUUAAUGAUAGAAGAAGAGUAAGGCUAAGUGUUAUGAGAGAAAGUGUAUCAGGGUCAAGCCAGUCUAUAGCAAGAGUUUCCUAUAGACCUUCAGAAAUUUUAUUAAAAUCUGGCAGUGACAUAGAAAGCCGUUUUAGAAAAUUCCCAACAAUCGAUGAAAGCAAAGUUCCUGAUAUUUCUGAUUCAGGUGAGUUUCGUGAAACCAUGCUGCUUGAUAAACUAGAUAACUUAAAAGAGCUGCUUGAAAGUGAAGAACCAUUAGAAAGGAUGUCAAUGAUGCUAACACCUCAAGACAUUCAAGAAGCUAGGGAGUUUAUUAGGCAUUCAGACGCUCAUGAGAAAAAAGAAGAGCCACAAAUAGACUUUAUUGCAAUCAUACAAGAGCAGGAUGGAAUCAUACAAAGCCUGCAAGGUGUUAUUGAAGAAAAAGAUGAACAAGUGGCGCUGCUUAAAGACGAACUAGAACUGUGUAGAGCAAAUCUGGCAAGAAUCCAAAAGCAACUAAAAGAAAUGAAAAAUAAAUAG